CUCCAUAAAGCUCCCGUGUUCAAUCCAUGGCGGGACCCUCACCAAGAGCUCUGGAGGCACUCUGGGUCCAACUCCCGACGAUAAUGUGCUAAAUGCUUCUGCGCCGACGGUAGAAACAUGAUGAAACAUGUGCCGUGUGGUCGCAUUUCGCAAUCGCUGAAAAACAUGCCAGAGCGCAGGAUCCUUUGCGCCUGUUUGGCAAAGGCAUUUGGGGUAUGGAUGAUAUGGUGACCCACAGUAUUUCGCCGUUUCCUGAAAAUGGAUCAGCGCUGGGGAGUAGUGUCUUCGGUGGAGAGCCGGGUCGCUUCGUGGGACGUUUCCCACUUGUGCUCUUUGAACAGCACGAGCCAAAGCCAUGGCACCAGCGCAUUCCGCGCCUCUGCCUCAGAGAAGUUGCACAGGGCAUCGAAGGUGAACGGGCAGAAUAUGCCGACGCUUCUGGAGCAACUUGGCGCCAGUGCGACGAAUUGGGUGUGACAGGAACUUGUUCUUUGAGGAUGAUGGAAGCCAUGGGAAUCUUGGGCACAGCCCUGCACUUGGUGGGUCAUCAGUUCGACAGGACAGCCACCGCUUGCACCCCUUCUGCGCAGCAAUCUCAGUCUGCGCAUCACGUGGUGUUCGACAUGUUUUCCCGCGGUCAAGCUGCGGUCCCGGAGUUUCGGACCCAUCAUGCUGCGGUCCUUGAGGUCAGUGCCUACUACGCAGGUGAGGCGCCGGAGGUCGUGGAAGCGCGGAAGACCUGGUUCGUCCCCGGUGCCCGAAGUGCCAUCCCAGGUCACGAGGAUUGUUAUUUCUUCAAGACCAUCAAGAUUCCAUAUGACAAGAGACAGCAACUGUUGGUCGUGGACAUCUUUGAAUGUGAGCCAACACCAAAGAUGGAUAUCCCGGAUGAUCUCAUCGGAAGGGCCACCAUGCCACUGGCAGAUCCACGACUGGAACAGCCAGCGGAGUGGCCAUUGGCACGUGGCCCCUGGGAGUUCGUGGGCACGGUCACUGUGAGCGUGGAAUUUCCAGCUCCAGAGGACAAAGUCUGGCCCCUGCCAGACAUCAGGGACUUUCCUGAACCGGUCUCCCCGCGCGACUUCACCCGAUCCAAAGACAAAGGCAAAGGUCUCCUCUGCAGGGUUUGGACGGCUUUGGCGUUGAUACCAUUCAGCAAGCAGUUCCCCCACUCCCGUUUGGGUCCCGGUGCUGAACGGCCCUGGCGGUGGCCCCUUGGUCGAACUGAGAAGUCUAUAGCUGCAUCGCUGGUGCGUGACCACCAUGACUUCAAAGCUGCAUGGCGUUGCUCAAACCGAGGUUUCGGGUUGAACCCGAAGGUCGACAACAUUUGGACCUUUGACUCUGGCUGUGGAGGUUACAGGAAUAAGGUGGCAGAAGAUUGCCUCGGGUAUCCAGUAGGCAUUCAUUCAAUGGGUUCCCUCUUUCAGAUUGAAGUUUCUGGUGAUGGUGACAUGUUGACAUCCUCCCCACCGAAAGGCACUGACGGACGUGCAAUUCUCGACGAAAUGCGGGGUAUCGAGCAUCAGCAGUUGCUGUCUGCACCGCCAACUUUUCACAGCUCGGACGAGCUCAUCGGGAGAUCCACGACUGGAACAGCCAGCGGAGCCAUUGGCACGUGGCCCCUGGGAGUUCGUGGGCACGUCAACCUUACAGACGGCUCCAGCUGUGCCAAUGCUCCAAGAGUCACCGUGAGAGAGGAAUUUCCAGCUCCAGAGGCACGCAAAGUGCGGCUGCACUUUGCUGACAUUUUUCAAAGUACAGUUGCGAAAUUGAAAGUCCUUGAUGUCCGGCGGCCAAACUUUGUCCUAGGACAGGCACUUUCCCCGCGUGCUGGGUGGUGGUCCCAACCCCUGGAGACCUUUGUCAUCCCGAGUCGAAUGGCAUUCCGAGGCAGGGAUGAAGUCUUGGAGUCAGUGGAUGCUUCAGCCGAUUUCCAGCAUAGUGAGGCGCCGGAGGUCGUGGAAGCGCGGAAGACCUGGUUCGUCCCCGGUGCCCGAAGUGCCAUCCCGGGUCACGAGGAUUGUUAUUUCUUCAAGACCAUCGAGAUUCCCUAUGACAAGAGACAGCAACUGUUGGUCGUGGACAUCUUUGAAUGUGAGCCAACACCAAAGAUGGAUAUCCCGGAUGAUCUCAUCGGAAGGGCCACCAUGCCACUGGCAGAUCCACGAUUGGAACAGCCAGCGGAGUGGCCAUUGGCACGUGGCCCCUGGGAGUUCGUGGGCACGGUCACUGUGAGCGUGGAAUUUCCAGCUCCAGAGGACAAAGUCUGGCCCCUGCCAGACAUCAAAGACUUUCCGGCGCCGGUCUCCCCGCGCGACUUCGCCAGAUCCAAAGACAAAGGUGGAAUUGAUAUGUCGCCGUUUGACCAACCUCGAACGGUUUCGACUUUGAAAUCGAGUGGAGGAGGUGGCAUUGAUAUGUCACCGUUUGACCAACCACGGUCACGAUCAAAUUCGAAGUCAAGUGGCGGCAGUUCCCCCACUCCGGUUUGGGUCCCGGUGCUGAACGGCCCUGGCGGCGGUUUCGGGUUGAACCCGAAGGUCGACAACAUGUGGACCUUUGACUCUGGCUGUGGAGGUCCUGUGAAAUGUGGGACAAUGAGCCCCCUGCCCAGUUUCUCGCCCGAGUGGUUCACGGCGAAAUUGCCGCCGGGAACCCCUGCGCCCCGCCCGCUGCCGCCAUCGGCCUUCCAGCCUCCUCCAGUGCCACCCGGGCUGAUGGCCCAGAUUCCGGUGCUGGCGACGGUGCCCCCUGCGGUUGCCGCAAUGGUCGUCGAGGCCCUGCGGGCACCGCCUCUGACCACGGCCACGAUGCCGGCACCACCUGCGUCGGUGCUGCAAGCAGGGCCCUUGCCCUACUUGCCCUCAAUUGCUCCUCCGUACUGUGGAGGCUAUCCCUGGAGAUUCAUGGUCAGAGGUGAAGUGCCAGGUGGUCCGAAUCUGUCGGGAUUUGUUGCCCCAACAGUCUUCCAUGCUCCAGUGGCACGCGGCAGAAACAUGUGCUGUGUGGUCCACUGAACAAGGCACUCCUGUGCAACUCCCGACGAAAUGUGCGAAAUGCUCCGCCCACGGUAGAAACAUGUACCGUGUGGCUCCACUGCCACAGACUGCGCGCCGGAAAA